UGUUAUAAUCCAUUCUCUUUAAGUUUAAUAUAUUUUUCUCUUAACUCUUUACACAUUCUCACAAAUGGCGUCUGUUCAAUAUGGUAUGGAUCAAGGAAUGGAGAUUUUCAACAACGAGCUUAUGAUCAUGUCGUUUCUAGAUGAAGAAUCGCCUGUCGAUAAUCAUGGUAGCAUCAACAAAGAGGAGGAUGAGGCUCUAAACCGCGUGAUUAAAUCGUUAGAAGUGGAGAUCAACUCGAGUUCAUCUUCGCCCAUAGAAUCUCGGGAGAAUGAUCUUCUACAGACAAAACCCGGUCUGGAAGAUGAUUUCGAGUGGCUUAACGACUUCGACAUGGGUGUCGUUUCGUGGCAAAAUGAUGACGAGAUGAUGAAUUGGUGUACGGAGCUUUCUUACAUGGAUGGUGUAGAUAGUAGCGUUCUUGAGAUUGAAGGUGGCGACUAUUAUUCUCAUAUUAACUAUGGACUUACAUUUGAGGACGAACCAACUCUUUCUCUGUGGCAAGAGAGUAAUGAUGUAGUUAUGUAUUGAUUGAUUGGUUUCGUGAAGUCAUCAUAAUAAUAUAACAAAAGGCUGUUUCAUAUAUGUUAAUUAUAUAUUCUUUAGAUAAUGCAAUGAUCAUCUGUGAGAAGACUAGUUACUAAAACUAGCAUCUAUCAACACGAGUUGGAUAC